AAGUUGCUUUAGAUCAAUGGUUGAAGUACAUAGUAAUGUUAAAAAUAAAAAUAGAACAGGAGUCGCGAACCUUUUAUUUGUAACUCUCGUGAUUUUUCUAUUUUUAAACAAAUUCAUGUGAUCGUGAGUCAUUGGUUUACUUGCGAAAAAUGUUUGUUUUUAAUAGUAUCGUUUAAACUGUAAUGGAAGUAGUAAUUGCCAUGGGUCAUUUUUGUGAUACACAUGGUCCUUGUGUAAUUUUAUGCACUCAUGUACUUGAUGAAAUACCAAAAGAAAAACCACUUUCAAAAAUUUCUAGUUGCGCAGCUUGUGAAUCUAUUGAGUUAGACACCGUAUUUGUUUGUGAAGAUGAAAAUAAACAGUAUAUUACCUCCAGGACUUCAUUAGACUCUAAUUUAACGCGUUUGUUGAAAGAUGCUAUCCUCAGAAGUCUUAGUAUUGAAAUGGUCCUCCAAGAUGGAAAAAACUCUGGAACAAUGUAUUUUGGAGAUAAUAAUAGAGGCCAUAUUAUAGCACAUGUUUUCAGUAUCAAAGAUUCUUUUGCGAGAGGUUUUAAAAGAAAAUAUUGUAUGAUUGUUUUAGGAAAACAUCAGAUCUCCUUACUAAGCCACUACGACUUUGUAGAAAAACAUUUAAAACGCAUCAGCGAAGACCUACAACAAAAAGCAGAAAAAUUCAACUCCACUGAUAGAUCCUCCACAACUAGUGUAGAUAAAAUUCUGAGAUCUCUCCCAGAGCUAGUAGGUGAACGUAACAUUUUUGCUCAACUGCACAUGUGGUUCGUCUUUUUACUGAGAGCAGAAAUAUUCAAAAAUAUUCCUCAUGACAUUCCAAGUUGUCCAGUGAACUGUUCCUUGAUUGAAAAAUUAAGAAACAUCAAAUUAGAAAUGCCAAAUAGUGUCUAUGAUACAAUUUCUUAUUGUAUAUUGACCGGGAUACGAGUUGAAGAAAACAAUUUAGAUAUAUUGAAGUAUUUUCAGCAACUUUUACCAAAAGGGUUUCAAUUACCCACAGUCGGCAUGGUGUGUAGAAUAUCAAGACCAAAAGAAAAAUGGAAUGUUAACUUUGAUGGAAGUUUGCCCCUUAUUCUUCCGUGUCUGCAUGUUUCAAUAAAAGAAGCUCUCGAAAAUACGAAUAUUACAAAUUCUGCUUUACAGUAUCACAUUAUGAGUCUUAUCAUGCAUUGGUUUAGUAUAUCUUGUGUGCUGAAUUGGACGUCUACACAUAGUGAGGUUCUUUUGCGGACUUUAGAAGUUCGAAAGUGUGAUACUCCACUGUUAGAUUAUUGGAUUCCACAAAGCAGUGAGUGUGUUGAAAUUUGCAAAACGGAUUAUUUUAAACCAAGGAUUAUAGUAGAUAAGUGAAGCUUGACAUCUAAAAUAACUAGAGGAAACAUUAGAAUGUAACACUAGCUGGAAAAAAGUGUUAUGAAAUGAUCGAUUUAAAAAUUACUGGCGUGAAAGCCAUUUUUGGUUUACAAUCAGUUUUUUGUAAACAUUUACCAAAGAUAUAUUUUUCUUAUAAUUUUGAGAUGUUUGAGGUUCACACUGCUUUGUGUAUUAGACAGAUGAUGAACAUGUAUACAUGUAUUUAUUUUGUAUGUUUUUUAUAUUGUUUGUUCAUUCCAGUAAAUUGAUUAUAAUAAGAAGAAAAGUUGGUACUUUAAAAAGAAUAAUAUAUAGGUAGGUAGGUAGGAAGGUAGAUAGUUUGAAUAAUAUAUAAUGGAUUUUUUAAUGUACCUGUAUUUAUAGACAAUAUUUUUUUAGUUUAUAUGAUGUGUGGUCAAUGUUUUUUUAUAAUUAAUAAAUAAGUUUUUUUUUUUCAAAUUAAUUUUACUUUCAGAACAUUUUCCCUAUAUUUAUUUUAAUCAAAUAUCUAUUAGAUAGGAUCUUUUGUUUAUUUAUUAAAGUAUGACAUAAUUGUUUCUGGAGAUUUUUUAAGUGUUUAUGGUAUUACUUAUUACUUAACUAUGGAUAUUAGUUACACACGUUAGUGAACAUGUAAUAACUAAAAUAGUUUCUUUUAAGUUCUUUUAACAAAAUUCAGAAGGCUUAUUCCUUAACCUAGGGUUGUCACCUGUCCUUUUUUCAAACAAAUUGUCCUGGUUUUUAUUAAAAUAUAAGCUGAGGCCUUUUUUUAGACUCGCAAAAAUAUUUUAACUGGAUCCCUGUCGUCACCAUUGUCCCGCUGUUCCCUUUUGUAAAUCUGACAACCCCUUCCUUCACCAAUCACAUACCUCCUUUAGGAGUAUUUUAAUACAGUAACCAUAUGUAUAGCAUUUUCAAAGUCUGCCCAGCAAAACUCUGUUAUUGUCUAGCAAAUAUUAAACGUUUAAAAAUAAUGAAAUAUUUUAAUAAUUUCCUACUGGUUAAUAUUUUUUCGAAGUACAAAAUAUGUUCGACAAUAACAUUUCUAAUUUUAAGAGCAUUAUCCUAACUGCAUGUUUUAUCUCUUUUUACUCGGUGGCUUUUUGCCUAAAAUAAAAAGAGAAUUUGGUUUUUUGAUGUGUUAUGUUCCUGUUGUUUGCAUUUUUAGAAAUCUAUAAUAAUUUUUGGUUGUUUUGUGAAUGAAAUAGAGUUUUGUUGUUCUGUUUUCCAGUUGCAUUUCCCCUCGUUCGUCUAUCCAACAUAUGGUCAAAUGAAAUAUGGUCACCCUAUCCUAAAAGGAUGCAGAUUUUAUCCCUAUAUAACACCUUGUAAAAUAGAAUGUACUUAAGAUAAACCCUGUAUAUUAAUAAUAAACAUUGUGUUUAUUUUUUAAAAAUAUUUUUGUGUUUUAAGGCGUUUUUUAAUCAAAAUAUAAUUGAAUGGGAAUGAUUUUGUAAUUAUUUUCUGAUUUUUCAUUUAAAUUUUUAUCAAGCUUAUCUUCAAACAAUAAUGAUUAGAGAAUAGUAGGUUAUUUACUGCACAAAAUGAUGAUAAAAACAAAAUUAGUAAAUUAAUAUAAUUAAAGGCAAGAUUAUUUGUUAAAUUUUAGUUGUGACAUUGAGAAAGAUUUGGCAUCAUGUGACUCGGUCCCUGUGGUCAGUUUGUAGAUAAUAAAUAUAUUUUAAAGAUGGUAUGGUAAAACAUGUAUUUUUUUAAUGUUUUUUUAUUUUGUUUAGAGAUGCCCCUGAAAAGAGCAAAUAAAAUGUUUGUCCGUUUCAAUAGAAAUAGGUUUUUAGUACUUUUGGAUUGUUGCACUUUGGCUUAACAGCUUAACACACAAAUUGUAAGUAAGACAGAAAAAAUAUCUCAUUUACAUGUAAUAAAAAUGUAGUUGGAAAUAAUUAGACUUUAAAAUAUUUUUACUGUUCUUUUUAUAAAUUUUUAUAAAAAAAAAAUAGAUGAGCUUAAGUCAACUAUUUCAAAUUUUUACAAUAAAAAUUAACUGAUUUCUGUUAAUUUUAUUUUCCUUUUCUUCUUUGAUGCUUUAUUUUUUAUCAGCGUCUCACUAGAUGGGACAUUUUCAUUAAUUUUUAACUGCUUUUUCUUCCUUUUUUUAAUAGGUUGUACUUCCUCUACUUCACUAUCAUCUUCUAUUGAAAUGGCACUUUUAUUUACUUCUUCAUUUUGCUCUUCCUUCUUUACUGCAAUAGGAGGAAUGAUGAUUAAAGAGGUAAGUCUGCAUCCAGAAUUUAUUUUGCAAAUUUCUUCCAAUUCUUUAUUAUAUACUUUAAUUUCUCCGCUACUAGAUCCUGAUACUAUCCAUUCAUCAUAUUUGGUGAGAACCUUAAUUCUAUCCUUAUGAGCUUGAUAUACAAGUUUCUUAAGUGAAGAUAAUUUAACUGUGCACAAAUUUCCAUUCUCAUAGCCUACCAAUAAUUUUUUAUCUGAAUACCAAAUACAACUGCUUACUUUUACAUCAUGCUCUAUAACUUGUAGUAUUCCACCUAUUUCUAUACUCCAUAUUUCUGUAUAUUUACCACCAAAUAAUAAAAAUCUUACUCCAUCAUCUGCCCAACAAAUUUUAAAGAGGCUCUUAGCAUCUUUACUUUUACUUUUCAAAUUAAUUGCAUAAGCCUGUCUUCCCUUAACCAAGUUCCAGGUCCGGAGUGCACCAUCGUCACCUAAAGUUAAAGCCAAUUUUCCUGAAGGAUGUAUUGCUAAGUCUAUAAUUUGGAAACCUUUAUGGGCCUUAUCCCAAAGUUUUUCUACUUGCCAAUUACCAACUCUUGUAAUGGACAGUAACCCAUCUUGACUUCCAGAAACAAGAUGAGAAUGGUUUGGUGUGAAUUCUAAGCAGUUGAUUGUAGAUUUAUGAUGUGACAGCAUGAAAUGCUCUUUUCGUAACUUAAAAUCGUAGAUAAUAAUGCGAUCAUCUGCUGCACCAGAGGCUACAUAAUGGCUUGAUGUUGUUAAGCAGCGAACACUGGCAGUGUGAUCGUGAGAUGCAAAGCUUUGAGCAAGCCUUCUCU